AUGUCGCUUCCAACCCAAGCCUCAACCUUCCUCGACCUUCUCUCCGCCCGUCGUUCGGCCUACGCCCUCUCAAAAUCCCCCUCCAUCCUCAGCACCGACCAAAUCCAAACUAUCCUCUCCAAGAUCCUCCGCGAAUCUCCCUCCUCCUUCAAUUCCAAAUCCCCCCGACUCGUCCUCCUUCUCGGUUCCGACCACGAUGAAUACUGGUCUUCCACCGUCACCAACGCUCUGACUAACGCUAUCAAGUCUACUGGUGGAGACCAAAAAGCGAUCGACGGUGCAGUGGGUCGUCUGAACCUGUUCAAACCCGCAUUUGGUACCGUUCUCUUCUUCGAAUCUCAGGCUGCAGUCAAGGGGCAGCAAGACAGCAUCCCACAGUAUGCAGAACACUUCCCUACUUGGAGCGAACACGCAUCUGCUAUCGCUCAGAACAAUGUUUGGGUCGCACUGACUAAUGCUGGCUACGGUGCGAACCUUCAGCACUAUGGAAAUCUGACAGAGGGAGAGUUGAAGAAGAAAUACAACUUGCCCGAGGACUGGAAGCUUAGGGCUGAGCUGGUGUUCGGUGCCAAGACGGAAGAACCUAAGCCUAAGGGGUAUGAUGAGGAGAAGGAGAAUCAGGAGCGAUUGAAGGUUUUCGGUGCUUAG